UGAGGUGUAUUUCUGUGCUAUGGAUGGCCACCACUUCUGGUUUGAGAGGCCUUUAGCCUAGAGAAGUUCAUGUGUCCAGCUAAACUAUUUUGAGAAGUCCAUUUCUAUACAUGAUUGGCAUGUCACAAGUGGUUGCAGGUAAACAACAUGCCGCUUCUCAAAAGGCCAUAUUUACAUAUAUGGUAAAGCUGUAAAUAGGGUGGUUGAAAUCCUUAAGGCAUGAGAGCUAUUGGAGUGACUGUAAGGGACUAUUUAAACGGGUUAGCCUGCAAGACUGGGGGAGAGAGAGAACACCUGGGACACCGAGAAUUGACAAGCUCUCUCCCACACUUUGCUUCUGACUGAAAUAAAUAUUUAUUCCGGUUAAGAAGACAGUGUGUACUGAGUUUUAUUUCAAGAAACAACAGCCUUCCAAGAACACCCAAAGAGGAGUCCACAAGAAACAAGAAGACACAACAAAAAUGGCGCCCAACGUGGGGCUUGAUUAAGACUUGAUUGAGCCUUGAUUGAGACAUCAGUUGAGACUUCGGUUGGGACUUCAGCAGGACCUUGAGAACAGGGACUUCAGUUGCGGCUCCAGGCAAGAAAAAGAUCCGGGGACCCCGAAGGGAUCCAGUUGUGGCUCCGAGUGGUUUGACGUGGCAAGCUUUCGCUCUCACGCCGGCAAAUAAAGGAUUGGAGACAGGAGACAGAGAGGAAGGAAAAGAGAGGGGUGGCUGACAAGCAACAGGGACAGAGUGUCACAUGUACUGGCUGCUGUGUUGACGUCAACCAUAUCAGGCUAGUGAUCAUCCAUACAUUUCUUCCUUAUAAACACCUGCAUAUACACAUAGUGGCAUUUACAUUUAUAACUAUCGUAAAUUAGGAAUAUUACUUUACUCUCAUUGGUGAUUUAUACAGGGGUGUAUGAGAAUUGGAAAAUAGAUUAAGCAGGAAGUAUUCUGGCCAUAAGGAAAUAUACCAAGGGGGGUUAGAAGUUAAAAUAAAAACACAUAACUAAACAGAUUGAUUGAUUGACUGGUUGGUUGAUUGAUUGACUGGUUGGUUGAUAGAUUGAUUGGUUGGUUGAUUAAGUGAUUGAUCGGUUUGAAUGAUCGAUUACAGAUGUUGAUUAGCUCAUUAGUUAAAGGUGUGAGAAUCACAAAUAGUGGUAAAUUAAGUAAAAGUUUAGGACUGUAAUUGGGAAGACAUAUUAACAGAGAAUCUUUUGAAACUUUGGUUGGAAACUUUAGACUUUAGACUUGGGAAUUGUUUUUCAGUGUUUAAGUUUUCUGGAGUUGGCAACCAUUCAAGCUGAGUCAUGUGGAUAGCAAUUAAAAAAAUAAAUAAAUAAAUAAAUAAAAAUAAAUAAAUACAUAAAAUUUUAUUAAUUUCUCUGUAAUAUUAAAGUAAUCUUGGCAAUUGGUAUUUCUUCACAUUAGAGGAACAUAGAAAGGGUAGGAAUAUGUCAAAUAUGGGAUUAAGUGGAUCAAAAGGAAUAACCCCAGUUGAUGUGGUCAAGAAAAAUAAUCCUUUAAUUAAAGGCAUUAAAAAAAUAUCAGGGAAAUGGAAUAAAAGAUGGCCUGAUAUUGAAAAGCCAUGGCCAGUUGAAGGGACUCUUAACCCAGAUGUGAUUAAAGUGAUACAGGUGCUGGUGACCACAUACAAAGCAAAUGAGAAGAAAGGGAAGAAAGGGGAAAAAAGGAAGGAAAAGAGAGAGAUGGAGCUUGGUGUUCUUCAACUGUUUGAACAAGAAGGACAGAAGUUGCUCAAAGCCACCAAGGAAAGAAGAGAGAAGGGCCAAGAAGAAAUGGAGAGGAAUGCAAGAAAAAUAGAAAAGCAGAUGGCAGAAAUUAAUGCACCAUUUUCACAUGUAACUCCAGUAAAGGAACCUCCACCAUAUGAGAAAGAAGUGAAGUUUGAAGACAUUUACCCCCAAGUCCCAGUGAUAAGUCAAGAGGGAGAAUAUCAAAUUACGGAUGAUGAUAAUCAAAUAAUGGAAGCAGGGAAAGCAGAGACAAUCAUAAAAAUGAUCCCACAUACUAAAAGUAAAAGGACAUCAAGAUGGCUGCAAACCAAGGGGAUCCUAAAGAUUAGAAAGACAAAAAGAGGAGAAGAUGAAGAUCACAGUGAUUGGGAAGAGGCUGCAGGAGGAUAUGAUCCAGCUGUCAGGCGGUUGCUGGCAAAGGCAGAAAGGAAAGGAGAUAAAACAAGGAAACUUGAAGACUUUGAUGACAGAAGCUCUACCAGUGAAAACGAAGACAGUGAUGAUGAAUGGGACAGCAGAAAGUCAGUGUCUUCAAGAGGAUUUGUCCCUGCAACAUCAAGCACAAGAACUGAAGAGGACUUGCAGAGGGAUAUGAAAGAAGUAGAAAGAAGCAUAGACCGAUGCAUUUCAUUCUUGGAAAAGACCACAAGUCAAGGAAGCCAAAGAGCUUUGGAGAAACAACUUAAGGAGUUGAAGACACAAAAGAAAGACUUAAAGAAAGAAGUGGAAAACAGAUAUUCGCUGCGUUCAAGAACUAGGAUGCCACAUGAUAAAAUGUGUCCAGUAAUCGUCAGAGGACAAAAUUUGGAAUACAAGCCUUGGCAGAACACGGACAUGUCAGAUGUGCUGGAAAAGCUGCCAACUAUUCAAGAUGGAGCAUAUCCUUGGAUCUCAAAGUUGGAGGAAAUCAUGGUGGGAACACAACCUGCCAUGGGAGAUAUUAAACGACUGUUGGCUAAUCUUCUGGGAGUUCCAGCCAUGGAAGAAAUACUACAAAAAGCAGGAUUAGACCGCUAUGUGGGAACAGCUGUGAAUGAUCCAGAAUUAUUUUCUGCAGUAAGAGGUCGAAUGUGGAGAGCAGUGAGAGAUACAUUUCCAACAAAUGUACAUCCAGAUAACAUUCUUAUUGAUCCGUUGGGAGAAGAAGAGAAUCCAAGGUCGUAUGUGUCUAGGGCUCAUCACGUGUGGAGGAAUGUUACAGGAAAUGAUCCGGAGGUAAAUCAAAUGGAACAAUCCAUCCUGAGAGCCAAGAUACAGAAGGGACUUCCUCUGUCUGUAAGAAACAAGCUGGCAGAAGUGGUUGGUCUAGGAAGUAUGGCAACAGGGCUUUACACAGAUCACAUUGCCCAUCAAGUGGAGCUGUACAGGAAGAAAGCAAGAGACCAGAAAGAGAAUGACCAAGAGACCAUCAGAAAGCUCACUCACAUAAAAUUGCUGGACAAUACAAAGAAAGAAAAGAAGCAAGCAGUGGUAAUGCAAGGUCAGAUGCCACAAACUGAGCAAAACCAACCUUCACAACAAAUACAACCAAUUCAGGCUCAAGCUCAAUUGACCCAACCAUCAUCUGUGAAUCCAGUUGUUUCAUGGUCACAGCCGCUUCUAGGUCAGACGCAGAUUUGGAGAGGAAGAGAUCAAGGGGCUAUAGGAAGAGGACGUGGAGGAAGGUUUGAUCCAACCUUUCAACAGUCCACUGAAGUAUGCUACAACUGUGGAUUAAUAGGUCACUUUGCUCGAGAGUGUACCAGACCAGCAGGAAACUUCAGAGGAAACUUCAGAGGAGGAUUCAGAGGCCACUUCAAGCCCUUUAGGGGACCGGUAAACCCGUUCAGGGGCCCGGAAAGAGGAUUUUAGAGGUGCCCAGAGAACUCGAAAGGGGGGUGUCAGCUGGUAGCAUCAGGGCCAGAACAAGAACCAACUAUACAGGUGCAGGUAAAUAAGCAACCAUUAAAUAUGUUAGCUGAUAGCGGAGCAGCCUUUACCUGUAUCCAGCCUAAAGAUGCUAUACACCUCCCCAUGUCUGAUCAGUGGAUUCGGACAGUCGGGUUUGAGGGAGUGAAACAGCUGAUUCCUCUUACAAAACCAGUAGAGCUCUGCUACAAGAAUAUGAAGACAAAAAUACCAAUUCUGGUAUCGGAACAUACACCAGUAGCCUUAAUGGGAAGAGAUGCUUUGUGUAGGUUGAACUGCACAAUAAAAUGUACACCAGAUGGAUGCUUAGUGGAAGUGCCAACUGAUGCGGCCCAUCAAUUAUCAAUGACGACAGAAGCAGAAGCUUCAUUAGUUUUCUGGAUUGGAAAUCUCACUACAGACUUUUUGAAGUCAGCCAAGCUAUGGGAGAAGUUUAUUGAGGCUAACCUGCCUGAUGCAAAACCUCCAGAGUAUCUGCUGCAUUGUACACUCAAGUACUUUAAAGAUGCUUCCAAAGCAAAUGCUGAAGAGUGGUUAAGUCACCAACCAAAGCAAGUUCAACUUUGUUCAAGUUGUAUAAUUGUGGGACAACAAGGAGCAGCUAUGAGGGUGGAUAGCAAUGACUAUUUGCUUAAGGAGUUUGCCAUCCAAAAGAGUGUGCCACAUGUGACACUGCUAGUGUCUGAGGAUUAUGAACAAAAACAUGUAGGAGAAAUGAUGGCAGAAGCAGAGGAAGCUGUCUUUGUACCACUGAAAGAAAAUAAAGGAAUCUGGAGGAGCAAGGAUCAGCGAUUCAUCAAGAUCAUGGUCUCUUCUCAAGGACAUGGACAGCCACAAGCUAUUCGGAUGACACAUGAGUCACUCAUAAAUCCAAUGAGGAAUUCUUUGAAAGAAGAAAUGCUACAACAAGUGCCAGAAUGUCUAUGGUCAAGGCAUAGCACGGACAUUGGACUUGUGAAAUCAGCUCAACCAGUGAUAGUUGAACUUCAACCAGGAAUUAAACUUCCAUGGAAGAAACAGUAUCCAUUGACAGAAGAAGCCAUUCGAGGGAUAGAACCAGAAAUUGAAGGACUAUUAAAAGCAGAUGUAUUAAAGUUGACAAACACUCCUCAAAGCAAUACACCUUUGUUGCCAGUAAAAAAGCCGGAUAAUUCUUAUCGUCUGGUGCAUGAUUUAAGAGCAGUUAAUGAGGUAGUAGCAGAUUUCCCAGCAGAAGUACCAGAUCCUCAUACGUUAUUGGCUCAAAUUCCUCCUGAAGCAUCACACUUCACAGUGUUAGAUUUGUGUGGGGCUUAUUUUAGUGUUCCACUUAAUGUACAAAGCCAGGGCUUAUUUGGGUUUACAUACAAGGGACAGUCCUAUGAGUACAAGAGACUUCCGCAAGGGUACAAACAUAGUCCGCACAUUUUUAAUAAAAUAUUAAAAGAGGAUUUGGAUGGAUUGGGGCAAUUAGUGCAGAGUAAAGUGAUACAUU